AUGUCGUCUGCCAGCCCUAGUCCUGGACCUUACAGCUUCUCGGAUACUCAGCCCGUGAUCAAGGAUCCUGCCAUAGCGAGCCUACUGGGCUCUGUUUCGGAGCUGAUGAAGAAUCGGUUACCUUAUACAGCCGGUACACUGGAGUUGUCUCCUUCUGCCUUUACCAUUUACUAUGAAGACAAGGAUACCGGCGUCGUCAGAUCUAUCAAGACGUUAGAAGCGUCGGAUGAGGACCUCGAACGCUUGACAAACGCUUGCGAUGAAGCGACGUUCGGAAGGGGAGACGAAGACGUGCUCGACAAGGCAUACCGUACGGCCGGCAAACUUGAUGCUACCCACUUCUCAACGCCGCUGGUGCCUGAACGUAGUGAGCUCGCCAAGAUCGUCAAUGACUUCAUGCUCGAGGGGAAGUACCACAAGCGUGAGGUCGAGAUGGAGCUCUACAAGCUGAACAUCUAUGGCAAAGGAUCCUUCUUCAAAUCGCACGUCGACACGCCCCGAUCAGAGCGCAUGUUUGGCUCUCUCGUCCUUGCAUUCCCUACUCCGCACCAGGGAGGCGAGCUUGUACUUCGGCCAUCUGGAGGAACUGAGUACAUCUUCGACUCAGGAAGCGCUCUUGUCCCGGGCAAACCUCGCGUGGGCUACGCCGCAUUCUUCAGUGACGUCGAGCAUGAAGUACUGCCCGUGACGGAAGGGCACCGCAUCACUCUCACAUAUAACCUCUACUAUGGUGAGCCAGAGAGAAAGGCGAUCACGCCCGAAUCUGUCACGGCGCGCAUGUCAGAGUGCAAGAGCCUUCUCACCGGGAUUCUCCGGAGUAAGAAGGUUCUGCCUCGGGGCGGGCUUUUGUGCUUCGGGAUGAAGCAUGCGUACCCCGUAUCAGUCGGACAAAGGAACGAGAGCCUCCGGAAGGCGCAUCGAGUCCUAAAGGGCGCAGACCAGCUUCUCUACGUCGCGCUCAACCAGCUCCAUCUCCAGACGAACGUCCAACUCCUCUAUCGUCCGCGGUACGCAGACGACGAGUUUGCCGCUGCCUGCGGACUAUCUAGCAGGAUCAUAGAUAUGGAGUGUAGGGAAGACGAUGAUUCUGACUCGGUUGUGCUUCGUCGCGAAGGCACGUUGUCCACAGAGGAUCUGUCGCGAAAGAAGGUGCUUUGGGUCACACCUCCGACUGGAUUGACUAGCAUCAAGUACGCUUUUGGACAGCCGUGGGGCAACGAGAUAUCGCACGGGCACAUAUAUGCAGACCUCUGCCUCGUGUCUCGCAUCAGACCGUACGCCGAGCGUAUCAAGGAUCUCCCGGACCAGAAGCGCAAGCGCGACGCGGAUGACGAUCCGGAUAGUGCGAGCAAGCGCUCAAAGUCGGAAGCGUCGGAAGCGUCGGAAGGAGGCGUGGCCGGUGACGCAGAAGCACGGCGCGGCGAUGAAGACGAAGAGGAGGACAAGUCGGAAGAGGAAGACUCGGAUGAGGAAGAUUCCGACGAGUACUAG